AACAGGCCCAAAAAUCGUUUCACCAACAUCCUACCCUACGACCACUCCCGUGUCAAACUUCUGCCGACAGAUGAUGAGGAGGGCUCAGAUUACAUCAAUGCUAAUUACAUGCCCGUAAGAUAAAUAAUGUUUGUCUUGUGUACUGAAAACCAAGAGGCACAUUCACAAGUAUAUAAGAGUCACAUUUGGUCUAUAGUGGAAAAGGGGGUGGGGGGUAGUUGUGUAUGGUUUGGAUGGUUUUUAAACAUAUCCCUUAAGUAUUUCAAUGCCUGGUUAAUGGGUAGAGCAUUAAACAUCACAAAUUAAAAUGUUUAAGUGCACUCAGUUUGUAGUGACCAAGCAAGACACUGUCCUUCAGGUAUCUCCUAGUGUUCAGUUACGUUAGUUUGAUUCUCAUGCAAUUUGAUUGCAAUGUAGCAAUUAAAAUCUAAGAACCUGGGUAUAGUGGUUUUUUUAUACAGUGAUGUUUUUUUUUUGUUUGAUAGCAAUUUUGUAUUUGUUUGAUAGCAAUGUUUUAUUUGUUUGAUUGCAAUAUUUUAUUAAAUGAUCACAUUCUCUCCUUCAAGGGCUAUAACUCCAAGAGGGAAUACAUUGCUACCCAAGGUCCCCUGCCAUCUACGCGAGACGACUUCUGGCGAAUGAUCUGGGAACAAAACAGUCGUAAUAUUGUCAUGCUGACCAGAUGCCAUGAGAAAGGAAGGGUGAGUAAGAUUCACCAUGGUUUAGGAUUAGACAAAGCAGAUUACCUUAUAACCAACAAUUUCUCAGAAUUAACUGCCCUUUGCCUGUAACCCAUGAUUAUAAUAAUUUUAACACCCCCCCCCCCAUACCCAUAUUGGCUUUAACAGAAUUAAUUUCCUUAAAACCUAUUAUUUGGCAUAAUCAAUAUCUGCAUAACCCAUGGCUUGACAAGAUAAAUUGAUUCUUAUUUUUAUUCUCAUUUUUUCUUUGUUGGAUUUUCCAUCCAUCUCCUGUUUAAAAAAUGAAAUAUCAUGUGGUUAGAGCAGUGGGUCGGCAAGCUCAUUAGUCAAAAGAGUAAAAAAAUCAGCAGCAGGACUAUUUAAAAAAUUUUUGAGAGCCAAAUUUCUUUUCAAGAACCAUGUCUUUCGCAUUCAAAACCGAUUUGUGGCCAAAUGGCCGAGCCGCACUCAGGUCACUAAAGAGCUGCAUGUGGCUCACGAGUCGGGAUUUGCUGACCAUUGGUUUAGAGGAAACUAUUUUUACCAAGCAAUUAAGUGAAUUUAGAUUUUUUAAAAUCUGUACUUGAAUAAUUUAAUUUAGACAGUGUAUUUCUAUAGUGUAAAAUCAACUUCAUGCACCUUACAUGUAAUGCGGUGUGCAUAAAUGUAUGCUUCAGAAAAGAGAAGCAAUAACUUAAAAUAUUAGAAUCCCCAAAAGCAACAAUGAUAUCAAUUUGGUUGUUGCCAGGAAAAAAGUGACCACUACUGGCCUGCUGACUCAGAGCCCAAGUUUUAUGGUGACCUCCAGGUACUUAUUCUAAAUGAAACACACAUGCCAGAUUGGACAAUCACAGAGUUUAAAGUCUCACAUGUAAGUUAGCUUUAAUUUUUUUUUUAAAUAAGUGAAUUUAUUUUCUUUUAUUCUUUCUUUUUACUUUGCAAGGAAAAAGCUCAUAAAAGUUUUGAAUUUCCGUUUAGAUUGUAACUUUUGAUAUCACGCUAUGUUUGUGACAAUUUUUAAAUUUUUGAAAUUUCUAAAUUUUUGUUUACAUCUCAGAGAACUGUGCAAUGUAAAAAAAAAAGUGGGGUUUGGGGAUGUUUUUGAGAGAUACAUUUCACUUAAUAUUAUGUGAACAUUUAAAAGUUCAGGCAUGCCAUUAAUAUUAUAUUAACAUUUAAAGUAUGGGCAUUCACUUGAUAUUAUGUAAACAUUUAAAAGUAUAAGCAUUCAAUAGCGAAACAAAUAAUCAACUUGAAAGUGAUACAAACACAAAUGCAGCUGACAAAAAUGUGCAAGUUUUUUAAUCCAUGAACUGAAACAAAAAUUGUCCCAUAAAAAUUUAUUAGAGAACUGCAGCUUAUUUCAUUAUUUAUUUAAUAAUUUAGUUUAAAAUCUGCAGUCCAUUGUUAUUUCUAAACUGAUUCCACAUAAAAUAUGAACCAAAGAAAAUAUAUAAAAGAUUACUGUAAUUAAACUUUUAUGAAGUUUGUUGUUUUUUUGUAACCAUCAUCCCUAUCUUUUUAUCUAGGGAGAAAAUUCCAAGAAUGUAAGACACUUUUAUUACUUGGUGUGGCCAGACUUUGGAGUUCCGAAAAAUCCAACAUCAUUAAUACGAUUUGUCAGGACUGUUAGAGAAAAGCUUAUCAGGGAAGGCGGUCCUAUUGUCACACAUUGCAGGUGAGAACUGUUAGAGAAAAGCUUAUAAGGGAAGGCGGUCCUAUUGUCACACAUUGCAGGUGACAACUGUUGGAGAUAAGCAUAUAUGGGAAAUAUUCCCUAUUGUUGCACAUUUCUGUCAAAAAUACAGGAUUUGUUAAUUUUUCACCAACUACCAUUUGUUCAUAUGUGUUGCUUUUUUUUUUUUUUUUUUUUUGUGUGUGUGUGCGUGUGUGUCUAACUGGUUUUUUUUUUUCGUUUUUUUUUUUUUUUUUUUUUUUUUUUUUUUUUUUUUUUUUUUUUUUGUGUGUGUGUGCGUGUGUGACUAACUUGGUUAUUAUUUUCAGCGCUGGAGUUGGUCGCUCAGGAACAUUUAUUGUCUUAGACCACAUAUUACAGCUGAUACGUGAGCAUGAUGAGGUGGACAUAUUUAGUCUGGUCUACAAGCUGCGUAAGGAGAGAGUCCUUAUGGUACAAACUGAGGUAAAGUUGGUUUGUCUUAAU